AUGGACAACAUAAGAUUAGGUUUUAUUGGUGGUGGUCGGAUUGUAGAAGCAUUACUUGAUGGACUUCAUGAAGCAGAUUAUCUUCAAAAAAUGAAUAUUUUAAUUAGUUGUCCAUCUGCAAACAAUGAUACAUCAUCAUUAAAACGUUUUAGUAAUACAAUACAAAUGACAACGUCAAAUAUAUUUUUAUGUAGUAAUAGUGAUAUUGUAAUAUUUGCUGUAAAAGCAAAAUUAAUAAAAUCAAUAUGUCAAGAAAUUGGAAAAACACUUGACAAGAAUUAUUUAACAAAUAUUUUAUUUGUAUCAAUAAUUCCAGGUUUAACUAUUUCAACAUUAUCUCAAUGGCUUCAAACUGAUAAAAAUAUUAUUCGAAUUAUGUAUAAUGUUAAUGCAGCGAAACGUAAUGGUUCAUAUGCAAUCUCAUCAUCAUUAAAUAAUGAAAAUAAUCAUUCAUUGGAAAUUUAUUUAAAAUCAAUUUUUGAUAAAGUUGCUUAUUAUGCUGGUAAUGUUACUGAAUCUGAAUUAGAUAUAAUGUGUGCUUUAAUUGGUAGUGGUCCAGCUUUUUUUUGUACUGCAGUUGAAGGUUUAGCUGAUGGUGCUGUUAAAGCUGGUCUUUCUCGUCAAUUAGCAAAUACAUUAGCAGCACGAACAAUGCUUGGUUGUGCUGAUAUUUUAAUAACAUCUGGUAAACAUCCUGCUGAACUUAAAAAUGAUAUAUCAACACCAGGUGGUACAACAAUUUAUGGUUUACAUGAACUUGAAAAUAAAGGUGUACGUGGUGCAUAUAUGGAUGCACUUAUGUCAGCAUAUAAUCGUGCACAAACAAUGGCUGAUCAAUUGGCUAAAGAAAUAAUAUGA